CGAAGCCCAACCGACAGUAUAUUUAAGCCUGGAAUCAGGCCCUCGCUAGGAGGUAAUCCAGGUCAUUCGUUCAGUUCAUGAGAUCAGGUCCCGAUUGCCCAUCAUGUGGUGGGUUGUAGCAUUCUUUCUCUCUGUCUCUGUGCAGUUUACACUCGCUACUACUACUUCCACUGCGAACUACACUGCCAACUGCGAUGUCACUGUCCUUCAGACCUUCCUUCCAAGUUCUUCCAAUGCCACCGUUGUCUUUGCGAGUCACUUGGCGGACAAUUCUACGUGGGACGUGGUCGACGACGUCGGGUAUCCCACCUCUCCCUCGGGGCUCCCGGCUCUUUGCGUCCUGAAGGUCGAGGUGCCUUCCUCCGACUCUUCUUUCUUCAACUUUGCCCUUUUCCUGCCAGACGACUGGAACUCCCGAUUCCUCGGCGUCGGCAAUGCAGCAUGGUCUGGCGGUAUUCACUGGUCACACAUGGCAGCAGGAGUGAAAUACGGCUUUGCCACCAUGUCCACCGAUACCGGCCAUAACGGGACCACGGCCUCUUGGGCGUACAAUAACACGGAGGCGAUUGCCGACUGGGGCUGGCGGUCAAUGCAUUACUCGACGGUCUACGCCAAGAUCGUCUCAGAGGCGUACUACAACGAGACUCUGGCCUAUAGCUACUUUGACGGCUGCUCCACCGGUGGUCGGCAGGGCCUCAAGGCCGCCCAGACCUUCCCAGACGACUUUGAUGGCGUCCUGAUUGGAGCACCUCCAUGGUGGACGACUCGGAUCCAACUGUACAAUUUGAAGGUGCAGACCUUUAACGCGUUGAACUCCAGCGCCUCGUCUAUUUCUGCCGACAUGUUCACCAUCCUGGCCGACGAGGUCUUGAGGCAAUGCGAUCCGCAAGACGGGCUUGUGGACUCGGUCAUCUCCAACCCAGAACGCUGUGUGUUCAAGCCGUCGACCCUGCUCUGCGCCAACGAGACCGAGGCUGAGAACAGCCCUGCCACUUGUUUGACAAGUGACCAGAUCAACAUCCUGUACCAUAUCUAUACCGACUGGAUCGACGGCAACCAAACGUACAUCUCCUCUCAUCUGGAACUGGGCAGCGAAUCAGCCUGGUCGUCAACGCUGGGAUCCAACGGGAUCUACGCAAACUACGAGGGUUAUGUCCAGUACGUGAUGCAGCAGGGCACCGACUGGACCUGGGAGAUGCUAGACUACGACACCGUGCUCUUGUCCGACUCGAUGAACCCAGGCAACUCCAAUGCCGAUGACUUUGACAUGAGCGCCUUUCAGGACCGCGGUGGCAAGCUACUGCAUUUCCACGGCUGGGCUGAUCCUUCUGUUCCACCAGGCGAUAGUGUUUACCUGUAUGAGCAUGUCGAGCAGGCCAUGGCCAAUUCCACCAUCGACGAGUUCUACCGUCUAUUCAUGGUCCCGGGAAUGGAACACUGCGCUUCCACACCCGAUAUCAUGAACGCCCCCUGGUAUAUUGGUGGAGCCACGCAGCCCACCACCUUAUCAGACAACAUCCAGGAACAGCCGGAAAUCGGGAACCGCACUCAAGACGCGCUGGUGGCGCUCAUGGCCUGGGUGGAGGAAGGAAUCGCCCCGCCCUACCUCACGGCGAAAACAUGGGCCAUCAACUCCACCGAAUUUACCGAUGAUUCCCUUGUCGCCCGUCGCCGUCCGAUCUGUCCCUACCCGCACGAAGCGAGGUACGUAUCCGGGAACGUCAACGAGUCCUCGAGCUGGACGUGCGAUUCCCCAGUAUCUACUGUUAGUGAGAGCACCGUUAAUGGGACCACCGGCAAUGGGACCACCGUCAAUGAGAGCAACGCCACUAAUGCGAGCAACGCUACUACUCAGAAGCAGAAGCAGAAAGUGACUUCUUCUGCCGGGUCUCUACAUUAUGGAAUACUCUCGAAUAUGUGGUGUCUGGCGGCAUAUGCGCUGUUUUUUCUGCUUGUAUAGUGAAUAAUAGUGAUAUAGUAUAAUAAUAUCUAUCUUCCAUCA